AUGGCUAGGAAAGAAUCAGACAGCAGCUCCUUCUCCAUGGGGAACACUGCCCAGGAGCAAGCCCUGCCUUAUGUGCCUGACUGUUACGUCCUGCCAUCAUCUUCUGACCGCCGGCCGUCGGCCGAUGAUCGGACGGCUGAUAUCCCCGUGAUUGACAUGGGCGGGUUGAGGCUGCAGGAUGCUUCCCAGAGGGCCAAUGUGGUCAGGCAAAUUGGCAACGCCUCUCGCCAACUAGGUUUCUUCCAAGUUGUGAAUCAUGGGAUCAGCAAGGCGGUGAUGGAGGCGGCGCUGGAGGCGGCGGCGGACUUCUUCAAGCUGCCGGCGGGGGAGAAGGCCAAGUUCAUGUCCAACGAUGUUUUCAAGCCGGUGAGGUACGGCAGCAGCAUCAAAGACGGGGAGGACAAAGUCCAGUUCUGGAGGGUUUUCCUCAAGCACUACGCCAACCCUCUCGCCCACUGGAUUCAUUCCUGGCCCCAAAACCCACCUCACUACAGGGAAAGAGUUGGCGAGUACAGCAAAGAGGUGAAAAGAGUAGCCCUAGAGAUAGCGGAAUCGAUAACCGAAAGCCUCGGGCUCGAUCCGACGUCGUGCCAGCUGGCACAUAGGCUGGACGGGGGAAUGCAAACGAUGGCGGUGAACUGCUACCCGCCAUGCCCUAGCCCGGAGCUUGCCCUAGGCCUCCCGCCUCAUUCUGACUACUCUUGCAUCACCGUGGUGCUCCAGAGCACCCCGGGCCUCGAGAUCCUCGACCCCAGGGAUGGGACCUGGAAGACCGCACCAGAUACUCGGGGCGCCCUCCAGGUCCACAUUGGGGAUCACGUCGAGGUCCUCAGCAAUGGAACGUACAAGAGCGUGGUGCACAGGGCUGCCCUUAACUCGAGGAAGACGAGGAUAUCGAUCGCUAGCUUGCAUAGCCUUGGGAUGGAUGAAAAAAUGGGAGUUGCUAAGGAGCUUGUUGGUGGUGAUGAAGGGAAAGAGAGGUACAGAGAGAGCAGCUUCAGAGACUUUCUGGAUUCGUUGUCGAAGAAUGACAUUGGUACACAAGGGUACAAGAGCUUUAUUGAUACGUUGAGGAUCGAGAAGUGA